CCGGCGAUGUGGCGCGCGAGGAGGCGCGGGAGGGGGCGCGGGAGCGCGGCAUCGAGGGGCCGGCCUAGCUGGGGCCCGUGGCCCUGCGUCUUCUGGCUGCGACGGGGGUCCACCGUCCGCAACCGCCGGGCGGGGGGCUCCCGAGGGGCCGGGAGGCGAGCCGGGGUCCCCAGGCGGGUGUGGGCAUCGUGUCCGCAGCCAGCGUCCCUGAGGCCGCGCUCGGGCCAUGACCACUCGGUGAAGUUGCGCUGCGACAGCGCGGCCGACCUCUUCCAGCGCUGUGAGGACCUGUGUGCGCUACAGGACUCGGUGCCUCUGCCCGCCGUGCGCGCUUCCCUGCGGGAGGGCCUGCUGGACUACGACCGCUUCCGCGGGGUGGAAUGGACGCCGCUCCUGAGCACUCUGCCCGUGAUCUGUAUCCAGAGCUUCUUCCAACCACGGCUUGUCGAGACAGGUUGUGACAGAAAUAAAGUUUACAGAAGUCGUGUUCCUGCGAUAAGAAAUAAAGAUGUGACCUUCCAGUUGUGUAAAGCUCAUGAAUGCUGUGUAAGUGCGUCGGGUGCGCUAAGGAACCUGGAGCUAAAUGGGCUAGUUCUGAGAGAGAGAGACUUAACUAUGUUAACAAAGGGAUUGAAUAAAUCAGCCAAUUUGGUGCACCUGUGUCUUGUGAAUUGUCCUAUUGGAGAUGGAGGUUUAGAAAUUAUUUGUCAAGGUAUAAAGAACUCUAUCACUCUUAAGACAGUACACUUCACGGGGUGUAAUAUGACAUGGCAGGGAGCAGAUCACAUGGCCAAGAUCUUAAAGUAUCAGACUACCAGAAGGCAUGAAGCAACCUGGGCUGAGAGUCUUCGUUCCAGGAGACCUGAUCUCGACUGUAUGGCUGGUUUGAGGCGCAUCACUCUGAACUGCAGCAUGCUCAUUGGUGACCUGGGUGCAAGUGCUUUUGCAGAAUCUCUUAGUGAGGAUUUAUGGCUUAGAGCACUUGACCUGCAGCAGUGUGGCCUCACCAGUGAAGGAGCAAAGGCUUUACUAAAGACCCUUGAAACCAACAGAACUCUGGUCGUUUUGGAUAUAAGAAAAAAUCCACUCGUGGAUCAUUCUGUGAUGAAAGCAGUUAUCAAUAAAGGUCUCCAGAAUGGAAGGAGUGCCAAGUCAGAGUACCAGCAGAUAACUUCUCCAUCGGUGAAGGAACCAUCCAAAGCUGCUAGACAGAAAAAGAGAACUAUAAUUUUGGGAAGUGGUCGUAAAGCAAAAGCUACUAUUAGAAUUGGCUUGGCCACAAAGAAACCUGUAAGUAAUGGAAGGAAACACUCUGCUGGUAAAGAAUGUUAUGCUCCUGAACCUCUACCACCUGGUGUGUCUGGUUUCCGGCUGUGCCGUACUGCAGAACGUGCAAAAAGCAGCAGGUUUACACAUAGAAUUAAGGUCACAUGACACUGGAUGGUGUUUGAUGAUAGAGGUAUGUAUGUAUGGCUAGAGUCCUACUCCUGCAGAAAAUUGAUUCAACUGGAACCCCAGAAACUCACGUGAGGCCAGACUGAGUGCAUGUGAGGGUGAAGAAGGGCCUGGGAACCAGUGGAAAAAUGAUGAAAGGAAGCACUUUGCUGAAUUCCUGAUUAAUUAAUAAAUCACGUGUUGUCAGGCAACUCCAUAGCUAUCACAUCUCAUGGUCUCAAGCAUACUUCCCAAUGACUAAAAUAAUCACGUAUGAUUAUAAUCUCAGAAAAAGAUUACGCACAUGAAAAAUAUAUUCUCAAGCCUUUUAGUGAAGAUUCAGUGUGCUCACCUAUGAGAGAUCCCAAAUGAAGGAAAUGUUACUGGACCCUCUCCAGAUUCUUGGACAGCAAUACCAUAGAAAUGAAUAUCACUCCCACAAGACUCUUAGGAAAGCAAAGCUUUUUAUUGAAAGAGAUAGCUUGUGCACAAGGGAGAAGGCAGAAAAAGGUGCCAACUCCCCGAGGACUUUCAGAGAAAGGGUUUUAAAGGCAGUACGAGGGAGGGGACCGCAGGGUGCUUGAUCAGCUUGUGCUCAGUUCUCAGACUGGUUGGCAUCAAGGUGAAGUUUCAAGCGUCAUCAACCUUCUGGUUUCAACCUGUCUGGGGUCUAUAUUCUUGUGGUCAGUAGUUUUUUGUUUUUUUUUUUUUUUAAUUUUAUUUUUAUUUAUUUAUUUAUUAUGGCUGCACCGGGUCUUAGUUGUGGCAUGUGGGCUUCUUAGUGGUGGCAUGCGAACUCUUAGUUGCAGCAUGCAUGCGGGAUCUAGUUCCCCGACUAGGGAUUGAACUCGGACCCCUUGCAUUGGAAGCGCGGAGUCUUACCCAUUGGACCACUAGGGAAGUCCCUGGUCAGUAGUUUUUAUCUAGUGGGCAUCUGCUUCCUGUAAAAACAACUUAGGAAUGUGUGUCAGGCCUUUAUCUGUAUCUUUCAGGGAACUGGGAGUUGGGUGACUGCUAGGUGGAGGAUUUUAUAGUCCCGCUUUUAUUCUUUGGAAACUAUGUACAUACAUCGGUGGAACAAUGAGAGAGCAAAUCUUUACUCCUGUGGAUCAUUGGUUAUUGUCUCAGAAGCCUAUGCUUUUAGGUGCUCUGUUUUACUGGGCUUGUCAAGCCCCACUGGCUCAUGGCCAUUCCCUCGUCCUUUUCCAAAAUGGCUGUACUCUUGUCUUCCUGUUUCAAAAAUGUAGAAUUUAGAUACCGCCAUCUAAAAGUACAGCAUCACCACCAAGGGUAGUGUUCAGGUAGAAUUUUUUUAAUGAAGAACAAAAUGAAUGUUUCUAAUUCCUUAGCAUAGGACAAGUUUGAAAAACUGAAUAUGGUUAAAAUGGUAUAUUUAAUCUUUACCUUGAAAAUAAUGUAAUCAGUAUAAACAUUGUUUGAAAUAAAGUUAUUUAAAUCAAUUGAAUUUUGCCUCAGUAUUCCUCAGGACACCAUGAGAUUCUGUCCAGAAGUCUCCAAAAGGGAACUCCUCUUUAUACA